AUGCCAGCCAGCCAUUCGACUUCGAGUAAUUCUAGGUACGGUUUCCAGUUUACCUCCUCUCAAUUUGUUCACUUUGAAUGUCAAGUGAAACCUUGUGUGCAUUCAUGUCGAAGACAGCAAUGUGAACCCGAUGCUGGUAAAGCGCCUCUGAUACCGGCACUUCGUCGAAGACGAGAAGAAGUGGAAAGGAAUACCACUCUUACGACGCUCAGGAUGCAAACGGUUCUUGAGAUCGAACCUCAACAAGUUCAACGAGCAGCACUUGUUAGCCAACCAGUCGCUCCGGAUCACUGUGUCAGCUUGAAUGAGGUCGUCUUCGCGGGUCUUCUGAUACUGGGCGCCAUCGUCUCUCUGGUGGCAAUUUCCUUCUUUAUGUGUUCACCGGGAAAAACAUCACUACCACGGGACGAGCCAACGUACAGCGUCUCACAAGUCUUUCGACAAUGA